AUGCCGGAAAAGCCGCUUACAAUAGCGACCUAUGCGGCGGGCGCCUCUCUCGCGGCCAUAACACUGGUCUAUGUGUUUGCGCCGACGUACUUCAUCGACAGCGACCCCAACCCAAUUCGCAAGCGCGGCGUCGUCGGCUUGACAAAUCCGGCCAAUGAUUGCUUCAUAAACUCGGUGCUGCAAGCCCUCGCCGGCCUGACCGAUCUCCGCGUCUACCUCAUCCGCGAGACCCAUCGACGAAGAAUGGACGAUCAAUCCGUCUACGAAGAGAUCGUGCCUCAUCCCAUCCGAAAAAACACGCCCGAUUGGAAGAUAAAGGGCUUGCAGGACGGUAUUGUCACCCAGGGGUUGAAGGAUAUGCUGGAUGCUCUCAACGAACGGCCCAUCUACAAGAAGACCAUAUCGGCAACAACAUUCGUCAAGGUGCUCGAGGUUGCGUUUAGGCAGCGCAUCAGCCGCCAACAGCAAGACGCUCAGGAGUUCCUCCAGGUCGUCGCAGAGAGGCUGUGCGACGAAUACCAUGCCGGCCAGAGAGCAAGACAAAACGCAAGGAGGAAGGGCAUCUUUAAGGCAACCCCCAGCAGCUUGGCCGAAAUAGAUAGUACUGCUGUGGAGCAAAGACUGGCCGGACUAGCUGUCGGUCAAGAUCAGAGCGAGGAAUCACAGGAUACAGUUGCCAGCAUCCCCCAGACCACAGCCCAGAUCCCAGCCGAAACGGAGUAUGGCUUCCCGCUGGAGGGCAAGUUCGAGAGCCAGAUCGAGUGUCAGACAUGUGGCUUCAAGCCGAGACCAACGGAGAACAAGUUCUGUACCUUGACAUUAAACGUUCCACAGGCGAGCUCGACGACACUCAACGCCUGCAUCGACGGCAUGUUCAAGACCGAGUACGUCGACGACUUCAAGUGUGAGAAGUGCCGUCUCCUCCACGCAAGACAAGUACUCGAGGCCGAGCUGGCCCGCUCUAACUCAGAAAGCUUCAAAGCCACAACUCAAGAAGCCAUUGCGAAGCUGCAGCACGUAAUUGACACAGACCCCGAGCGCAUUCCUGACGACGUCGUGCUACCAGACAUGCGGUACGCCCCGAAGCGCAGGAUCGCGAGACAUACUCGCCUGACCAGCUUCCCCAAGAUCAUGGCCAUCCACCUGUCUCGGUCCAUCUACGACUCCAGCCACAUGUCCACCAAGAACUCAGCCAAGGUGGCUUUCCCGGAACGUUUAGCCCUAGGCGGGUUGCUCCAGCAAAAGAAGUAUAAGUUGCUUGGCACCGUGACGCAUAAAGGCAGCCACCACAGCGGUCAUUACGAAUCGUUUCGUCGACAAAACAUCACGUGUCCUUUCUCGACGCACAACGCCUUCCAACAAUCAGGCGCCUUUGUUAAGUCGGCUCAGCCAAGUCCAAACGGAACGCCACAGAUAGCUACCCCCCCGGUUCAUCCCAUGCGCAAAGCGGACGAUGCGAGCCCUGCCGUGUCGACGCCCGACCUGUUCUCCAUUACUUCUGUGGCCAGCUCUUUGAACCAGUCCGCCGAAAAUCUGCCUACACAUCUCACAGACGGGUUCCAUCGCUCUUCGACUCUCAAUGGCCUUUCCUCUUCACGCGCCAUCCCCACGUCGGCCCCGCGAGAACGCGAACGUGACCCGGAUGCUAUUAGCCUGCGGUCUGUCGCCGCCUCGGCGAAGUCGACUAUCUCGAAAAUUUCUCAUUCGGCCAGACACAGUCGGCCGGGCAGUCCUGCCUCUAAGCAAACAAACGGGAUUACGAAUGGUAUUCCUGUAGCCCCGGUACUCAAACCAAUCAGCUCCAAGUCGAAAAGAAAAAAGUCCAGCGGCGAACGCUGGUGGCGAAUCAGCGACGAGAAAAUCAAGGAGGCCAAGACGAACGAGGUGCUCAACAUGCAGCGUGAGGUGUACCUGUUGUUCUAUGAGCUGGAGCGUGACCAGAGCCCGGCAUCUACGACGACGGAAUCCUAG